AUUAUUCUAUGAGCCAGUCACAACAACUUGUGGGCAUACCUUUUGCAUGAAGUGUCUUGAGAGAUGCCUAGAUCAUAACGCGAAGUGUCCACUGUGCAAAGAUUCUCUUUUCCAGGGCUUUCAAUCAAGAAAGUACAGCAAGAACAUAAUAAUGGAAGAACUAAUAGCUAAAUUCCUGCCAGAAGAACUCAGGGAACGAAAGCGCCUUCAUGAAGAGGAAAUGGAAGAACUUUCUAACUUAACUAAGAAUGUGCCUAUUUUCGUUUGCACCAUGGCCUAUCCCACUGUCCCUUGUCCCCUGCAUAUCUUUGAGCCUUGUUAUCGCCUGAUGAUUCGGAGAUGUAUUGAGACAGGCACAAAACAGUUUGGCAUGUGCCUUGGAGAUCCUGUCAGAGGCUUUGCAGAAUACGGCUGCAUGCUAGAAAUCAGAAAUGUCCAAUUCUUUGCUGAUGGCCGAUCGGUGGUUGACAGCAUAGGCAAGAGGCGCUUCAAGGUGCUCAAUCAGGGCCAGCGGGAUGGCUACAACACAGCUGAUAUUGAAUACAUUGAAGAUCAAAAGGUUGAGGGAGAAGACCGUGCCGAACUCAUGGGGCUGCAUAACUGUGUGUAUGAGCAAGCCUCCUCGUGGUUUCAUUCGCUCAAAACAUCGCUCAAGAAUCGGAUACUAAAUCACUUUGGUCCAAUGCCAGAGAAAGAUGAAGAUCCCCAGGUAUACAAGUAUAUCUGUUCAGAACAGGUUGCCCCACCAGGUGGGACAUUCCAGGCUUUGUAA